AUGAAGCUCCACCGUGUGAUCCUGGGCGCUCUGCUUCUCGUGAUGCCAGCUGGCGGCAGCAGCACACCCAAGACCUCCGCCAUUGACCUGCGGACCUUCGUCGGCUGCGCUGUGCGAGAAUUCACCUUCCUGGCCAAGAAGCCUGGCUGCAGGGGGCUGCGGGUGACAACGGACGCGUGCUGGGGACGCUGCGAGACCUGGGAGAGACCAGUGCUGGAGCCGCCUUACAUCGAGUCUUACCAUCGUGUUUGCACCUACAACGAGACCAAGAUGAUAACAGUGAAGUUGCCCAAGUGCGCUCCUGACGUGGAUCCCUUCUACACGUACCCGGUGGCCAUCCGCUGUGACUGUGACAUCUGCUCUACUGCCACCACUGAGUGUGAGACUGCCUGA